GUGCGCAAUAGCCCGGCAAGAUGGCGGCAGAUGCCCGAUAUAGGCUCCUAUAGGACCCCGCAUGCCGCUCUCCGCCCCCCGCGUUGUAGGACAAAGACUGCAUUGCAUAGGCGCUGAAACUUAACUCUAUCUAUUACGUGCGACAACUGCCCAAUCGUUUAUUACCCGAUUUAUCUUCCGUUGCAAACGAAUUGACUACUUCCUUAUUUGUAUCUCUCUUCCUCCCAUCCCAUGCUCCCCUCCAAACUCGCUCCUCGACUUACCUCCUUCACAACCAGACGUAUGUACUCCUCGUCGCUCGGAAACACCACCGCCGCCGCCGCCAAUAUGAAGCUCCUGUACCCCACGUCCCUCAAACUCGACACCAAGAGCCUCGAGGGCUUCAGCACCGAGCUCGUGCCCUACGACGUCAAGGCGCCCAUCCCCGACGCCGCCGCCGACGCCGAUGUCCUCGUGACAUGGUGCAACAGCGCAGACAACCUCAAGGACGCGGCGGCCAAGCUGUCGCAGCUGAAAUGGAUCCAGUCCCUCGCCGCGGGCCCCAACGACGUGCUCGCCGCCGGCUUCCCCAAAUCGGUCGUCGUGACUACAGGCUCCGGGCUCCACGACCGCACGGUCGCUGAGCAUGCUAUGGGCUUGCUGCUUACGGCCGCUCGUAGGUUCGAUGAGAUGCGCGAGUACCAGUUACAAAAGAAGUGGCCGCGGCACCUUGGCGGCCCGCAGCCUGAUCGCCCGAAGGAUCGGUUCACGACGCUGCGAGACGCGAAUGUGUUGAUUUGGGGCUACGGUAAUAUCGCUAAGACGCUGGCGCCGCACCUGACGGCGUGGGGGGCUAGUGUUAAGGGGAUUGCGCGAAGCGCGGGUGUGAGGGAGGGGGUGGAGGUUUAUGCUGAGGAUAAGCUUGCGGAGUUGUUGCCGAAGACUGAUGCGCUGGUUAUGAUUCUUCCCGGCAGCGAGAGCACGCGCGAUGUGCUGAAUAAGGAGAGGUUGGCGUUGUUGCCGAAGCAUGCGUGGGUUGUGAAUGUGGGGCGCGGCACGAGUAUUGACGAGGACGCGCUCGCGGACGCGUUGGAGAAGGGGGAGAUUGGGGGUGCGAUGUUAGAUGUGUUUAAGACGGAGCCGUUGCCUGAGAGCUCGCGGCUGUGGACGACGCCGAAUUUGUUGGUUAGCCCGCAUGGUGCGGGAGGCAGGCCCCAGGACGCGGAGGCGUUGAUUGCGUAUAAUCUUAGACGGUUCUUGGCUGGGCAGGAGUUGAAGAAUGUGAUUUAAAGGUUGCGGAACAGGCUUUGGGGUGCUAGGAAAAGGGGGUGGUGGCAGGUGCUGUCAUCGAGCUGUGUUCAAAUCGAACUGCUUGGUUUCCAUUGCCCUUUUAUGCGCUUAGCCGAUACACUUGACAGCCCACGAUGGCGGACGAGAAGAGCAUCAUGAUCGGAUGCGUUUUGUUCUAUUUCAAUUUGGACCAGCACUUCUCGUUAGAUUACGCAGCACAUGAGGAAAGGUAGAAAAUUAGAAUAGGCUGUAUCGGCGUAUUUCUUGUUACACGGAUCUCAUAACAUCGUCUUGCGAAGGAGAUUCUCAUUCCGGAUAUUGGGACCGGGACCAAGGCUAAUUCUGAAGAUUUAUGAAAAUG